UUGUGGGCACUAAGGGUGAUUUUGGACGCUUUCCCUACUUCCUCUCUCCCUUCAUGACGAGCAAGAAAAAGGAACCAUCGGCUCGGUUUCCCGCCGCCUGGUCAAGUGCGUGGGAGGGAAGCUCGCUUUGUGUUUUAAACCUAGAAGCAGACAGAUGUGCAUGGCCUUGAGGAAAUUAAGCGAUUUAGGAGGAAUGUAGGCAGUGGACCACGAGGGGAUUAAGACGGACGGUCCUUACGGUGGGAAAGCAAACGAUUUGGUAAGUAAGAGUAUUAUUUUGUUAAGAGAUCGCUCAUGACAUUUUUGGUUCCUUGAAGUGCAUGGUAAUGCCUAGGUAUAUUUCUUAAAGAUUCUAUGUGCAAUUAUUGUUAUUUUAACCAUUGUGAUCACUGAGAAAUUGAUUCUAAUGUGAGUUAAGGGAUUUACCUGUCCUAGUGUUAAGGAGUUAUCAUUUAACUAAAAUGGCAAAAUUGUCACCACUGUGAAUAUUUAUGUUUGUUCAUUUUUUCAGUGACCGAUUGUAAUAAAGGAAACUAUAAGACAGUCGCGUAUCACUCAAACCCACGUUGGGCCGCCCACAGUCACAAAUCGGCUACCACCCCUCUGGCGAAGCUGUGCGGAGAAGACUAGGAAAUGAGGCUGGUUUCAAAGGACGUCCGCUACCACGCUGCGCCCAAAGAAGACCAGGAGUGCGAGGAAAGCUAGGCUAAGUCUACACAAAUAAGAAGCGUUUGUUGGAUCCAUUUCUUAAGGCAUUGUUAGGCGUAUUUAGUGGUAGUGCCGUCACCAAUGCAAUUAUUUGUCAGGGGGCCAUGGUGGUUCCGCAACGAAUGCUAAGAGUUCGUGUUUAACGUUGUGUACCGCCGAAAGUUUGGGCGCGAUUGUUAAAGGUGUCACAUGAGUCAAGUUUUAUCAGGCAUAUGGUGGUUCUGCAACGAAGGGAUUAAAAUGUUCAUGAGCGAAUCUUAACGAAUUUGGCGUACGUCAUUAAUAUUUAACAGUUAUGGAGGAGGGGAGACCUUAAGUUUAAGAUUCUGAUGGCUGCUCAAAUUUAUUCUACUGGCGUCGUAAGAGGGACUGGUUAAGUAGAGCAACUAAUGUUGUUUUGGAUAAUAUUCAAGUUGGGUAAAUAAUUUGUUUGGAGAACUAUUCAGGGUUGGGCAAUUAAUUUUGGUUUGGAGAAUUAUUCAGCAGAUAAUCUUGCACAUUGGUAACCAUGCGUAAAAACAUUUGGGUCAUUUAAUGUGGGAAUUGUUGAUUGCUGGGCAGUGGUUUGUGUGUGUAGGGUGUAUUUAACUAGGGUUCUUACAAUCUUACCUUUUGUAAAAAAAAAAAAAAAAAAAAAUAUAUAUAUAUAGCUAUAGGUUGUGAUGGUGCCCGGAUUUGUGCCAUUUCUUCAGGGAGGGGCGUAAUUUUGUGGGGCAUGCAAACUACAUCUGGGUGAGUUUCCAGGGCAAGGGCUGAUUGGCAAAUUUGAGGGGCUCAAGAUCGGAAAUUUGGUAGGAUCGUGGUGUCCCCGCUAGGGACCCUGAUGAACCACGGUACAGGGUUAAUAGCAAUUAGAGGGGCAGGCGUGCUCGAGUCGGGAGAGCAGUGCAACAUGUUUAAGCCUCAUGGUGUAUUAAUUCAGGUUCGUAGGAUGAUUUCCCACAGUCUGUUUGCCGCUUGCAGUAAGGCUUAAGUAAAUAAGGCUGGGACACGAGACAUUGUUGCAUUCAGGGUUGCUCCCUAGACUUGAAGGAUCUUUGUGACGUCGCAACUGAGUAAGGUACUGGUAGUUGUCUUCACGGAGUGGUGCGGGUUUUGGCAACUCCUUGGUUAGGUCAGCUACAGUUCGACUAGGGAAUUUCGUUAGUUCAUAGGGAGUGGCCAGAGCUGAAUCCAGGAAAAUGGAGACCCUUAAAGUUGUGCAAUUGAGGGAGGGUUUGAGAGCUAGAAGCCUCCCAAUGGGGGGGAACAAAUCUGCAUUGUAUCAGCGUCUAAGCGAGUCACUAGAGAAGGAGGGCAGGAGUGUUCAGGAAUUUUUGAAGGAACUCGAGGUCAGGCAGAACAGUGAGAUCAAUCAGGACCAAGAGGCAGGAGAGGACAUUGGGCCAAUCCCAGAGGAGGAGGAACAUUUAAAUGUGGGGGAUAGCGCAUCAGUUAUGGGUAGGCAAUCUGUUGCUUCAGGGGGCUCUAAACAGUCAAGCGUGAGUUCUACUGGGAGUAGGCGUGUGUUGGCAGCUGCUUCUAGAGCCAGGUUGGAAGCAAAAUUACAGAAGUUGGAAGAGCUGCAAGCCAUAGAGCGAGAGGAAGAAGCCUUAAGACAGAGGAGGGAGAAGCUUAGGUUGGAGGCAGAGAUAGCUGAGGUGGUGGCAGAGGAGAAGGUUUUACAACAAUUUGACGAAAAUAAUAGAGAAAUAGCUCCUGUCACUAGGAUAAGGGAACACAUAAACCCUGACAUGGACAGGAGUGAACAACCCAUGGGCUUAGGUGCAGUAGUGCCUGAAGUUAGCUCAGGUAGGAAUAACCAAGGGGACUUAAGUAAUAAGGAAAUCUUGCAGACAUUAAUCUCUUGCAGCCUCAAAGGCUUGAUGCCCAAGCAGGAUAUGGCUAAGUUUGAUGGAGAUUAUACAAAGUACUUUAGGUUCAUCCGCUCAUUCGACGACAUAUUUAGCAGCCAGCUGACAAAUGAUAAGGAAAGGCUGAGGUAUCUGGAUUUAUACACAACAGGUAGGCCAAAUGAGAUAGUGGCAGCUUGCCUCCACUUAGAUGCUUCAGAGGGCUAUAGGCAGGCAAGAAAAUUGCUGGAGGAGCGAUACGGCAACCUUGAGCAAAUAGCCACCGCAUACGUGGAUAAGGUAAUCGAAUGGAAGGACAUGGGGGAGAAUAAUGCAGAGGACUUUGAUGAGUAUGCGGUGAUGCUAAAAACCUGCAGAAAUGCAAUUUCGUGCGUCCCUUAUGGUGUCGCCGAAUUGCAGAACCCAAAAAACAAUGAGGUUGAUCCUGAGCAAAUUCCCAUCUAG